AUCCAAAAUCUAAGGUCUUAUUCUUUUACACGAAAAGAAAUUAGAUGAAAGGAAGGUUUGCUCUUAGUUGUGGAUUAUCGUAGAUUUAUUUUAUGCGUUGUAAUUAUGACAUUUUGUUUGUAAUAAAUGUUUUUUUUUUUUGUUGUAAACAAGUUCUGGAUUCAUUAUAUGAUUCAUUUUAUGUUGACAAGUUUAAUCAGACGAUUAAGCCCACCAUGCCGUGAAGUAAAACUAAAGGUUAUCAUUUUAUUUUAAUUUCUGACUCUUUAAAGACGACCUCGAGCAUACGAACCACCCUUGAUCUGAUUUCUUUCUGUGUGCAAGAAACAUAAGAGUUAAGCGUGUUAAUUUGUGGUGUAGGUUGCCCGCUGGUUUGCAUGUCUAACCCGUUGCUAGUCAUAUUGCAUGUCGUUAUAAGCCCCUCUUUGUUCCUUUCAGUUUUGGCUUAUCUACCCGCUAACCCCCUCCCAAGUGCGCCCCGUGUUCAGCGGAGUGAUAAUACGGGUUGCCCCAGACUAAUUGCCCCACACCUCUUACUUCUUGCAUUUUGAUAGCGUUUGCCAUUAUUGCGCAACAGUUUCCUCGUCGUACAGGGCGUUUCGUCGCUGUAAGGCGCUGUAGGAUAUCGAUUUUGUGGAAACUGAGGCAGGGGAACAACAGAGCCAGUGAACAAACAACUGCUUUCUUUACUUUAGUAAGUCAGCGAAUGUGUCUGGGUUAUCGUCGCACUGAACUGGUUAUCUGUUAAUUUAGUGAAUGAAUUCAAAAUAAAGAAAAAGUAUGGUUACCUAAAUUAAUAGAUAACAGGUCAACAAUACCAUAUUCAAAUAGCAAGUGCAAGUUCCUUACGUUCUUGAGAGUUUAUCGCCUUUGGGGAGUUGUAAGUGGAACCACUCGUAAAACUAUGAGUUCUUCUAUAAAAAAAAAGAAAAGUUCGCUAGCUCCAACAUAAUACUAUAACAAAAGAAUUCAUUCACCUUUAUUUUUGGGAUUUCAUUGUGUUUUAUUUACUAGCACUGAGCAAAAGUUCACAGGUUAAACGAAAUUCACAGUUUAAUUAGUUGCGGUUAAAAAAUGCGAUCAUUUGAGCUAGUUUUAGCACAAUGCCCCAUUUAGCAAGCCCGAUAAAAUAGUUACAUUUAACACUCCCAUUUGGGCAUUAAUUGAACCAUUUUCAAGGAUUUCCACACUUUACAGCUCUUGCGAGCGGUUAAUGGUCCCACCCACCCACUGUAAUUAUAUAUGCCAACAAAAUAUACAAUCUAUGUCUUGUGCACCCAAGCGUUCUCCACGUAAACCACAAAAAUAAAAACAUUUUCGAUUAGCCUUGGCUGGUGUCUGUUCGCAUUUGUAUAUUUGGAAUCCCCAGUAGGAGGCAAUCCACUCGAAUGUGCAUUUGCAUAGCCUCCGGUGGGAAGUUAGUGCCUUUUCCUUUGGGCUCUCUGCUUUCUGCGAAGUUAUAGGGUCCGUAAAUAAGCCCGUAAAUAAUGCGGCUAGUGUAUGCAGAGGUCUCCUAUCUCGCGGUCCGAUUUUCCAACCCCAAACCAAACAAACGGGGGGAUUGCCAUUAUUCUCGCGGCGGCUGCUCUUGAGUGCAAAUCGGAACGUCGAGCUGGGAUGACGUGCCCGGCACGAGCUCCCACUUUUCGAACGAGAAUCGGUCUCUGUGUUCCUUCUGAAAUUCCCAUAUCUCGCCAUCGCGUGCCUUAAACAACCAAACAAACAAACAACUAGACAAACAAAUGACAAUCAACAAAGAGAACAAAACGGCGGCUCUGAACACGGAAAAUUAAUUAAAUAAUUAACAGCAAAACGGUGGGGAUGUGUGUGGGAUAGUUCAUAAAUUAAUGACAUUUCGCCGAGCGGUGCUAAAAAUAAGAAUAAUUUUGCCGUGUUUACGUUUCGUCAUCACAUUUUCGCGCUGGCAGAGACCAGACUCUGCCACUUUUGGCCACUUUUUUUGUCGGUUCCCCAUUGCUCGUUCUUCAGCGAUGACAUAGAUUUCGGUUGAGCAAUACAGAACUGCCAACCAAUGCCGAAGGAGGAAAUAAAGAAGCCGCCGAGGAAAACACUGAAUGUGGAACCAAAGAAAGCCAAGCGAAAGAAAAUGAUUAAAGAUAGUGAAAAAAACAACCCAACAACAUCCAGUGUAACCAUAAGCGCCGCGACUGCCGAAAGUCCGAGCGGUAGUCAGACCCCUGCCAAUGCCAACAUGAUACCCGAGACCACCCAGCCCGAUCAGCUCCAGCUCCAGUCACAGUCACAGUCACAGUUACAGACACAGACACAAUCCCAGCUCCAGUCACAGUCACAGUCACAGUUUCAAUCGCAAUCGCAAUCGCCGUCACAGGAUAAUCCCGAUGACAGCCAGCAGCCAUCGCAGCCGAAGGAGGAGGAGCAGGCGGAGGCGGCGGCUGGUAGCAGUGGUGGCGACAGGCGCGAUUCGAUCACCGAGGAGAUCACGAUCACGAGCACCACAACAAAUAGUAGUCUGAGCACCAAACUCCUGACCAUCCAGGAAGCUGCCGGCAGCCUCGAGCAGAGCAGCGUCUCCAUAUCGACGUCCUCCAGACAGAGUGCUUCCCCUCCAGCCGGCGAAUCGCCAUCAGCCGGCGCGGCUCCAGGUGCCAACGAGUCCUCCGGCAGCAACCUCAGCUUGACCCAGGCCGGCGCUUCCUCGAGUCCUCCUGGCCCAAGCUCAACUGCCGCUCCGGGAGCCACUCCCAGCAUAAACAUCGUGUCCAGCGAGUCGAGCAAGGAUCAGCCACAGCAGCCGCAGAGCGUCGACUCCAACGGCUUCAUCGCUCCUGGCGGCCAGUCGGACAGUCCCGGCAGCCGGAAGAGCUCCACCAGUUCCAAGGGAAAGACCCAGGCGAAGCUAUCCACAUCCAGCAGCGGACGCGAUGAGCAGGACAUCUCGCACCACCGCCUGAGCGAUCUCACCCAGCACGAGCUGAGCCUGCUGCGCGUCGACCGGGAGCAGCAGGUGACCAGCAGCAGCUCCACCUCCAACGAGAAGCCGGCCAAGCCCUCCCGGCUCUCGGAGCGGGCCAAGAAGAAGUCCUGGUACAACGUCAUCUACCCCAACUACAAGUCGCGGGCCGAGGACUUCAAGAAGCUCUUCAAGGACGUGCCGAACGAUGAGCGCCUGAUUGUGGACUACUCGUGUGCCCUGCAGCGCGACAUUCUGGUCCAGGGCCGCCUGUACGUGUCGCAGAACUACGUCUGCUUCCACGCGAACAUCUUCAGCUGGGAGACGUACCUGAGCAUCAAGUGGAAGGAUGUGACGGCGAUAACCAAGGAGAAGACUGCGCUGGUGAUACCCAACGCCAUAUCGAUAGCCAGCGGCAAGGACAAGUACUUCUUUGCCACGUUCACCUCGCGCGACAAGAGCUUCUUGAUGCUCUUCCGCGUCUGGCAGAACACGCUGAUGAACAAGCAGUUCUCGCCCCAGGAGAUUUGGAAGCAUGUGCACACCUGCUACGGCGAAGAGCUCGGCCUGACCACCGACGACGAGGACUACAUCGACCCCACGCUGGACAACGACAACGAGACGGACUUUGACUUCCAGACGGCGAUCGAUGACGAUAGCCAGUCGCAGCGGCAGUCGCAGCAGUCGAACCAGUCCACCCAGUCGAACCCCCCGCUCCCGCAGAGCGGCAACAGCAGCGCCAGCAGCGGCGGCGGCGUCCGAGCCUCGGCUCCCCGCAAGUCCAAGACGAAAUACUUCUUCAACUCGUCGAAGUCCUCGGCCAACGCCUCGGCCAGCGGAUCGGACAACAACAAGACGCGCGAGAGCUCGCGCAAGCUGAACAAGAAGAUGAAGCAGAACGCCAAGGAGCUGACGCUCAGCUCGGUGAAGCCCACGGAGCUGUCGGUCAGCGUCACCAUGAGCGCUCCCGCCGCGAGCAGCAGCAGCACGGCCGGCUCCACCACGGCCUCCUCCUCCACCAUUGUGAACCACGCGGGCUCUGGCUCCGGAUCGGGAUCCAUGUCGGGCUCGAACACGGCUGCAGCCAGCGGCAGUGGCAGCGAGAAGAAGGCCGCCGAGAAGAAGGUCAGCACGGGCUCCAAUUCGGCGGCAUUGGCAGCCGUUUCAUCGCUGACCACUGCCACAUCGGGAACUCCGUCCGCGGAGUCCAAGAUUGAAGCCAAGCGCAAGCUGGGAAAAAUGCAUCGCCAACGCGAGGACGGCAUCAACGCCGCCGAGAGUGUGCCCACAGAUGUCUCCGACUCGUCGGAUUCCGAGGAGAACAAUCUGCCAUUUGUGCCCACCACGGAGUGCACGUCGACGCACGAGGGCCGCCAGAUCGUCCACACCAUUUUGCCCAUCAACGUGGACACGUUGUUCAAUCUGCUGUUCAGCAAGUCGAAGUUCAUCACCGACUUCCACGCCAUGCGCAAGUCCACGGACCUGGUGCUCGGCGAGUGGACCAAGAACGAGGAGGGUCUGCAGGUGCGCACGGUGAACGUCACCGUUCAAUUGGCCGCCUCCGUGGGGCCCAAGACCUCAAAGGUAACCGAGUACCAGACGCAGCGGGAGUGCAGCAAGCCGGGCGAACUGUAUUCCAUAGACGUAAAUAGUGUUAAUGCAGGCAUUCCAUACGCGGACAGUUUCAGUGUGCUCAUACACUUCUGCCUGGCCAGAACUGUCGAUGAUCACACCAUGCUGUCAAUUCACACCCAGAUCAAGUACAAGAAGUCGAUCUGGGGCGUUGUGAAGGGCUUCAUCGAGAAGAACACGUGGGCGGGACUGGAGGACUUCUUCGGCGCCCAGCUGCACGCACUUCAGAGCGAGACCUGCAUUCCGCCGGCGAAGGGAAAGGGCCGCCGGCCGAGGAGAGGCAUGAAUCAGCAAUCCGCCAUCGCCAUCGCCACCUCGACCUCGACCUCGACCACCGCCACUGGCGGCAUCCACACGGCGACCAGUACGGACAACGACAGCAUCCAAGAGGCAUUGCAUCACCCGCAUCAGCAGAGCGAGCAUCACCAGCACCAGCACCUGCACAUGCACCAUCACCACCACCAUCACCACGGUAGCCAGCAUCACCAGCAUCACCACCAUCACGAGAACAACAGGCUACCCCACCACCACCAUCACCAGCCCGCGCUUCCCCAUCAUCAUCACCACCAUCAGCAUCCUCAUUGGCACCAUCGUAAGGCUAUACUUCAGUCCAGCAGAGGUACCGCCACCCAAAUCCGCCCCCUGGAGGAGCCAGUCGGUCCGGUCCCAGCCGUCGACCCCCUGGAGGCCCAAAUGCUGACCUCGGGCGGUGUCCCAGGGGCGGCAGUCGGCGCCGCCGCCGGGCAUCCGCUGCUGCUCGAGGGCGGCACGCAGCAGCAGCUCCACCACCUCCCGCAGCAGUCGCACCACCACCUCCACCACCUGCAGCCGCACAAGCAGCUCCACCAGCAGCAGCAGUUGCACCUGGGCGGCGCCGACGGACAGCCACUGGCCAGCGGUCACGGGUCACAGGGUCACAGACUCAGACACAAGGGCUUGUGGUUGUUGGUUAUUCUGUUGCUGUUCUUGAUGCUGGCAUUAAAUGUGAUAUUAUUACUUAAGCUCUGGAAGCUGGAGGAACGCAUUGACGGGGAUCUCAGUCGGCGGGCCCGCCUGCCCAGUUUGGCGGCCCUGAGUGAGCUACCGAGCACGAACCAGGAAUGGCUGGAACUGCUGCGCGACCAGGAAAUGGCGCACGAGAACGAGCUGCAAAAGUGGCAGCAGGUGCUCCAAACUGCCAUCGAGCUGCUGAAAAAGGUGAGCAUUGUCUGCGAAAAGAUCUACAACGAUGGCAAGCUGCGUCAGAGCAUUGAGGCGAUGUCGAUGGCGGUGCACACUGAAUUCUAAGCAUCUCAUUAGACGGUGAUUAACAGCAGCGAACAGAGACUUCAGCAACCUACAAGCGACAACUAAUUGUAACUUUAACACUCACAACCACACACAUGUAUACUUGCAGUGCGUUUCAUAAUUGCAGAGCGGUUCACAGAAAGUAAGAAUUAAUUCAGGAAGUUUAUCUAACUAACUUACUACGCGAACUUAUAGAAUUUUAAGUUGAUAUGUAUGAUUUGGUUGCAUUUGAUUCUUAGUUGUUUUCAACAUUGCCAAACGGAAUUUUAUGAAAAUAUUUCUUUUUAUUAAGUUGCGGAGAUAGGUGUGAUUAUAAGGAUAAAGGCUCUGAAUGUUUUGAAACGCACUGCACUCGCGGGCAUUUGUUACUGAUCUCUUAGUUAGCAAUACACAAACCCCAAAUGUUGCAUGUUCAUCUGCCUCGGUGUAAAGAAGGUUUUCUCUGGCACCGACUGAAGAGAUAAAUGCUACAAGUUCUGGUAUCCAAAUCCAAGCUUUAACCACUGAUUUCCAGCAUCUAUCUCGACCAGAGUUGACACUUUAGAGAUAAGUUUGUAUUCCGUAGAGCAAAUUUAAAGUCAGUACAUUUUAUUGAAUGCUUUCAUGAAGUGCGAAAGAAAGUUGUUUUGAAAUCAUGUUGGUCAAAUAUUUGGAGAGAGAGGAGUAGUAAAACAAAUUCCCAAGGCACCACACAAACUCACUGCAAUAGUUGUUAUUUUUGUAAGUAACUUUUAUUUGGAAUUUAUUUAUGUUAAAAGUACCCAUUCACUCUCAACUAACCCCUUUUAUGUUUGACUAAUCUGUAUCUUAGUUGCUUCCCUGUUUAUGGCUUUUUAUGUUAGCACAAGCUUGAUUUUAGUUCGUUUUACUCAAAUACUUUCUGUUUUUCAGACUGAAAAAACUUUGGCUGAAAUCAUUGUACGCUAGCAGUAAACUAAAUUAAGCGAAUGUUGUGCAAGUAAAGUUAAUCCAAUCCAAUUGUCUUCGACAAGCUGGCAGAACACCCAAAGCAAUGUCUUGGGCAAGAGCAAAGCCACCAAAAAUCUGAAAUUGAAUUUAAAAUUCAACUAAAAUUUAGUCACAAACCAACACACUUAUAAGAGAAACAAACCGAUUUGUCAUUUAUAAAUAUUUAUGAUUAUGUUUUAGUCGUAGGAAGAGCGCAGUGUAAUUUAAGUCGUAAGUAGCUGCAUUUUAGUUAGAUUAGAGCAAUUGUUUUCGUUUUUACUACGGCAUUUAUGUGCAGCACCUGUUUGCUUGGCUUUGCUUUAGACAAAUGUAUCUACAAAUUCCUCAAGUAUUUCAUAUCUCACAACAUACCAAAAACCGAUUAAAAUCAAGAGAGAGCGCCCUGAAUUUUUGUUUUAGAAAAUUCAUUUAAAUGUCGAGCAAGCGCAAAACUGGCAGGCUAGAGAAGGUAUAAUAAUUAAUAUAAAACUUUAACACAAUUGCCAGUCUUUGGCUAGAGGAAAUUUGAUAAAAGCGAUUAUACAAAUACUUAUUGUGUACAAUAUUUUUGUAAAACAAAUCGAAACAAUUGCGAGCAAUGUUUUCGUUCUUUUGUACAACUCCUCCUAACUCUUUACCUUUACCCCUUUUUGGCGCCCGUUUACAGACGAUACCGAUACCAAUACCAAUACAAGAAUCAGAAAUCAGAAAACUAUUCUAUCCAAAAGGCGAGGCAAGAUUAAACCAAUAAUUGCAUACUCUAUAUACACUAUAUAUAUGUACCAUAUAUAUGGCCAAGUAUUUUUAGUCUGUAGUAGUUGCAUUUUAAAUACCAGAGCAGAAUAAACAAAAGCUAAAAACCACAACUUGUUCGAUUUAAAUGUGAAGAGUUGAAACUGAAAUUAUAGCAGAAUAUUUAAGCAAGUACGUUUAGGUGUAAGGUACGAAAAUUGAUAUGCUGGCUAAGCCCACAUUAAAAACUAAUUCUUGUCAAAUUAAUUUGGGCCGUCGCAAAAUUGGCUUAAAAUUUGUGUCACAAGUUAGGCUUACGAAACAAAACAUACAAGGAUAAGAAACCGAAUGUUAAGCUGCAGUAAUGAAAAUUCUAAUUUAUUAUAAAACCAAAUAAAUACAAAUAAAAAAUAAAUAAAUGUGUA